AUGGAGGAGCCGCUCCUGAGCGCACCGUCGAGCACGGAAAAGCUUCUUCACGGAGGAGGAGGCAAGGACGAGGAGGAGGAGAGCUUGGCGUUGGCGGUGCGCGAGACGAAGCAGCAGCUGUACCUCGCCGGGCCGCUCGUCGUCGGGUUCCUCCUGCAGAACCUGGUUCAGAUGGUCUCCGUGAUAUUCGUCGGCCACCUUGGCGAGCUCGCGCUGGCCAGCGCGUCCCUGGCCACCUCCUUCGCCGGCGUCACGGGCUUCAGCUUGCUGGCUGGCAUGGCGUGCAGCCUUGACACGCUGUGCGGCCAAGCGUUCGGAGCGAAGCAGUACUACCAGCUGAGCGUGUACAAGCAGCGGGCCAUGCUGGUGCUCGCUCUGGUGAGCAUACCGGUGUCGGUGGUGUGGGCCUACACCGGCGAGAUCCUUGUCUGGUGCGGUCAGGACCCGGAGAUCGCGGCGGCGGCGGGGAUCUACAUCCGGUGGAUGAUCCCGGCGCUGUUCCUGUACGGGGCGCUGCAGUGCCACGUCCGGUUCCUGCAGACGCAGAACCUGGUGGUGCCCGUGAUGCUGGGCUCCGGCGCCACCGCCGUGUUCCACCCGGCCGUGUGCUGGCUGCUGGUGCGCGCGCUCGGGCUGGGCAGCAACGGCGCCGCGCUGGCCAACGCCAUCUCGUACCUCGCCAACCUCUCCUACCUGGCGCUCUACGUCCGGCUCUCGCCGUCCUGCAAGUACAGCUGGACGGGGUUCUCCGCCGAGGCGUUCCGUGGCGUCCCCGACUUCCUGAAGCUCGCCGUGCCGUCGGCCGUCAUGGUCUGCAUGAAGUGGUGGUCCUUCGAGUUCCUGGUGAUGUUCUCCGGCCUCCUCCCCAACCCCAUGCUCGAGACGGCCGUGCUGUCCAUUUGCUUGAACACCAGCAGCUUCGCAUUCAUGGUUCCCCUGGGACUUGGUGGUGCCGUAAGCACGCGUGUGUCGAACGAGCUCGGCGCGGGGCAUCCGCGGGCGGCCCGGCUGGCAACCCGGGUGGUGGUGCUCCUGGCGUUGGCGGUGGGCGUGUCGGAAGGGGUUGUCAUGGUGCUGGUGCGCCACCUGUGGGGGUACGCCUACAGCAACGAGGAGGAGGUGGUUCGCUACACCGCCAGGAUGAUGCCCCUCAUCGCCGUCUCCAUCGUCUUCGACGGCCUGCAGAGCGUGCUUUCAGGCGUUGUUCGGGGCUGUGGCCGCCAAAAGGCUGGCGCAUACAUCAACCUCGCAGCGUACUACCUCGCCGGCAUCCCUUCAGCGUUCGUGUUUGCCUUUGUUUGCCGUCUAGGAGGAAUGGGCCUCUGGUUGGGCAUCAUGUGCGGCCUGGUGGUGCAGAUGCUCCUGCUGCUCUCCAUCACCCUAUGCACCAACUGGAACAAAGAAGCGCUGAAGGCCAAGGAUCGAGUGUUCAGCUCUGUUCUUCCCCCGUUAGAUUAG